UGCAGUUCUCGUUUUAAAGUGGGUGGUUCCUAGAUCAAUAUAAAAGCAUGAGCGGAUUUUUUAGCCGCAUUCGAACUAGUCCAACGUAGCUUGUCUUACUUGAAUAGCAAAAAUGAAAUUCGCAGUAGUAUUCGCUUGCAUGGUGGCAGCGGUUGCCGCCCAAGUCCGGUAUGAAAAUGAAUUCUACAAGAAGAACCCAUACCGGUACAGCACAUACCGGCCGUUCGUUUCCGUGACCACUCCUACUCCGUUUCUGCCUAUCCCGAUCUCCUCUGUUGCCCCCGUCAGAGUAGUACCCAAGGUAUCUGAGGGUUACGGCGCUGAGACUGUCAAAUUCGGAAAUGAAAUCAACCCCGACGGUUCCUACACCUACUUCUACGAAACCAACAACGGUAUCGCUGCCCAAGAACAGGGAGUUCCCCGUAACCUUGGUGGAAACCCCCCUGCUGUUCCCGUCGUUGCACAGGGCUCAUUCUCCUGGACAUCUCCUGAAGGUGUUCCCAUCAGCGUCAAUUACGUCGCCGACGAGAAUGGAUACCAGCCCACUGUAAGUUUAAACAUUAUUCUUUGUAGAGAUACUGUUCUUAUAACUAACUUAGCUAUUACUGGUGGUAGGACCUCUUGCGAGUACGCACGGGUAGGUACCACCACCCUGCCUAUUUAAGCCGUGAAGCAGUAAUGCGUUUCGGUUUGAAGGGUGGGGCAGCCACGUUGUAGAUGUCUAUGGGCUCCAGUAACCACUUAACACCAGGUGGGCUGUGAGCUCGUCCACCCAUCUAAGCAACAAGAAAAAAGUGCAAAGUAACGCUUACAGUUUUGCUAAGCAGUAUUGAUGCAAACAACACUACACGAGUUGAAUAAGCGAUUCGUGGUUCCUUAUCCGGUCACCGUUCUCGUCGAACCCGUCGCUUGCGACGAAGGGCUCGACGAGUAAAUUAACUCUCAGACACAGCCCACUGAGUUUCUCGCCGGGUCUUCUCAGUGGGUCGCGUUUCCGAUCUGGUACGUUAGGGCGAAGCUGAAAUAGCCUCUCAAGGCUAUCAGCAUAGGUAGGACGAAAAAAAAAAAAAAAAAAAGGUUCCUUAACAGUGUUACCUUGCUGUAAUUCCAUAAUCAAGUAUUUAUCAGACUUAAUUUGGCCUGUAACCGUGCUCUUUUGUUUCAGGGUAAUGCUAUCCCCACUUCCCCACCAGUGCCUGAGCAGAUCGCUCGUGCUCUUGCCUACAUCGCCAAGAACAUUCCUCUCAAGAAGUAAGCGAUAAAUCUCACAGACGUAUUUUGGAUUAGGUUUACACCGAAUGAAUAAGAAUAAAUGAAAACAAUACUGGCGCUGUCAGUAAUUCCAUGCUAAUUGUGAUAUAAAUACGUUUUAAACGUCAAAUUGCCGUUAUACUCGUAGUGUGUAAUUUGGAUGCAAGUGUAAAUAAAGUACAGUUUUAACAAGA